UUAACGCUAUUCGCAUUGAAGCAGCGUCUGAGGUGAAAUUCGAUGAUUGGCCGGUGGCGGUUGUCGCCAGCGCUAAGCCACAAAGCGACAACAACAAUGAAAACCGGCUACAGGUUAGAUUUCGAUUAACAAUCCGAAUCUGAGUCCAGCUGCGGUUGCUUUAUUGUAGCUGAAGCAUGCGGCUGAUAAACAUUAAUAUUGGCGCUGCCAACGCCGCCGUCGCUGUCGCUGUCGACGCUUUCGUCAUCGUCUUGACAGUAGCUUCGCUCUUGCCCAUUAUAAGUGCCAACGAUUCGUCAAACAGAGAACUUAGUGAUCCGUCAGCAAUCAAACCAGGUGAAAGCACUAUUUCGAGUGCUGCUAAUUUGCAUAUUAAUCAAGCAAAAUAAUGGACGCUACAUACGAACAAGUCAAAGAUGUGCCCAACCAUCCAGAGAUCUACCUGAUCGAUGUGCGCAAUCCGGAGGAGUUGACGGCAACGGGCAGCAUCCCCUCCAGCCUCAAUGUGCCCUUGCCCGAACUGGAGGCCGCAUUGAAGUCCGACUCGGAGGAGUUCGAAAAGAAAUAUGGACGAGCAAAGCCGGCGAAUGAUGCAAAUAUCAUAUUCACCUGUCGCUCGGGCAGACGUGCUCAGGAAGCUACAGAGAUCGCCAAGGCUGUGGGCUUUACCAACUUGAGCGUCUAUCGUGGCUCCUGGCUGGAGUGGGCCGAGAAGGAAGGUCUUCCGCAGUGAGAUC